UUCUCUUCUUCAUUCCCUCCCUCCCUCUCUCCGCCCGCCGUGAGGGCGGGAGGGAAGCGGCAGCCCCGAGCGGGAGGCGAGGGAGGCGGCGCGCCGGGAGCCAUGCGGGAGUACAAGGUGGUGGUGCUGGGCUCGGGCGGCGUGGGCAAGUCCGCCCUCACCGUCCAGUUCGUGACGGGUUCUUUCAUCGAGAAGUAUGACCCCACCAUUGAGGACUUCUACCGUAAGGAGAUCGAGGUGGACUCCUCGCCGUCGGUGCUGGAGAUCCUGGACACGGCGGGCACCGAGCAGUUCGCCUCCAUGCGGGACCUCUACAUCAAGAACGGGCAGGGCUUCAUCCUGGUAUACAGUCUGGUGAACCAGCAAAGCUUCCAGGACAUCAAGCCCAUGCGGGACCAAAUCAUCCGAGUGAAGAGGUACGAGAGGGUGCCCAUGAUCCUGGUGGGCAACAAGGUGGACCUGGAGGGCGAGCGGGAGGUCUCCUUCGGGGAGGGCAAAGCCCUGGCCGAGGAGUGGAGCUGCCCCUUCAUGGAAACCUCGGCCAAAAACAAAGCCUCGGUGGACGAGCUCUUCGCGGAGAUCGUCAGGCAGAUGAACUACGCCUCGCAGCCCAAUGGGGACGAGCAGUGCUGCUCCUCCUGCGCCAUCCUCUGAGGGCGGCGGCGGGUCGGGGCUCGGCGGGAGCGGAGCGGGAGCGGCCCCGCGGGCGGGCGCGCUGCCCUCGGCAGCCGCCGACACCGAACGCACUCAAAACACAAACAAAAACAAAAAAAAAACGAAAAAAAAAAAUCGUGUUGGAAAUGUGGCUUUUUUCGGCAUGUACGUUUCGUCCAGUCCUGGUCGUGGCAUAUUUCCCGUCGGUGUCUUCGCGGCGUGCUGCCCCGCGCUGUGGCACCGGGAGGACGACGCCGGCGAGGAGCUGCCCUUUGCCCGCGUGGGGAGCGGGGUCAGUGCGGAUCCCCCUUUCCCUGCCCCGCCGGUGUGAGGAUCGCUAUGCAAAGUUGCAAAGUCGGGGGUUGUGCCGGGGCGCCUGGCCCGGGGCGUUGCACGUCUGACCCGGGACGAACUCGAACCCUACGGCAGCCCGGCGCGGGGUGCUGGGGAGCGCCUGCGACGAGCCGUGGGAUACCUUCCUAUUCUGUUUACCUGCUGUAUCGGAUGGGAGUUUGCAGGAGAGUGGUAGCGUGUUGGGUUUUCCCUGGGUUCUGUUUUUUUAAAAUCAGCUGUGAAAAUGUUACAACUCUGCACAAUUUUUUAGGUGUGCGUGUGUGUGUGAUUUCGUUUUCAUUUUAAUUUUUCGUUUGGUGGGUGGGAGCAGUGUUUUUUGUGGUUUUUCUUCCGAGGGUUUUUCUUUUUAGGUUGGCAAUAACUGAUUUUGAUGACUAGCUCUCUAAAGUGCAAAGACUUCCUAUAUGUGAUGCAGGGCCAACAGCAACCCUGUGUCUAUAGAGUGCCUUCAAAACUCAGCUGUUCCAGCCGGUGCCAACCUGUGAAAGCUCCACAGAAUUCCAUUAUCUACUACUCCAAAAACUACUUAACAGUUUCCUUGCAGUAAUCAUACCGAACAAACCAGGACAAAAGGGCCUAUUGUCAGUGGAAUUUAUUUCUUAUUUCCAUCUGAGCCUUUUAACUGUUGUUUCCAUGUCUUGCAAGUUCGGGCUUCAUUUACUUCAAAUUUACAAGAAUUUAGCCUUUUGGUUUUUUUUUGGGGAGGAGGGCUUUUUUUGUUUUCCUUCCCCCCCCCCCCCCCCCCCGGUUUUGUUGUGGAAUGUACCUCCAGCCAGCAAAGAAGGAAAUCUUAUCAUUGUGAUGUACCAAGAAAAUUCUAACAACUGUCAUUUUAAUUCCAGACAUGCAUUCAAGAGAUGUCUAUCCAUUUUAAGAAUUUUAAUACAGAUGCUGUUUUUUAGAAAACAAAUUUGUGCGCUUUUAUGUAUUACAUGAAACACUAACUUUCACAUAGGCUUUUAAUCCUGGUUUGUAUCUUAAUAGAAGUGAAGGGAGGGGUGGGGGGCUCGAUUAGCUAAGGAUAGUGUUUAAAAAGAAAAGACCACAAGAUUGCUAUUUUACCUAAUACUACAGUUUUUCAUUUGUGUUUAGGUCCUGAUCCUAUGUGAUGGCAGCAUAUGAGUGGAAAGCUGUAUUCAGUAGGCAGCUUUAGGAAGACAACAGAUUCUUCAUGUUUUCUAGUGUCUCCUGUUUCUCUACUGCCUGUGUUGUGACUGAAGAAUAAUGCAAAAAUGGGUGUUUGUGGCACACAGCGGCACAUAAAGUCCAGUUUUUCCCAGCCUAGCAGAGCAGCUGAAGCCAGCCUAGUAAAUUCCAGGUUAUGCUAGGCUUUUCUGUAGAUAUAUUCUAUUUCUUGCCAAAAAGGUGUGUUCAUUAAACAGUGAAGCGUUUAAGAAACCAUGGCAUGGGUCUAAUCAGAAUUCUGAAUGUAUUUAGGUGUUCAAUGUUCUCUAUGACUUGGUGAGGACAGUACAAAAAAGUAAAGCUCAGUAGUCUGAUCUUCCAAAUACUCUGAAGUGUUUUGGUGCUUGUUAAACAUAGGCCUUGUCUAUAAAGUAGAAAAAAAGUAAUACUGCUUUAACUUGACCGAAUAAUGAAAGCUAUAUUAGCUUCUACACUUGAGGAAAAUGUUGUAUCAAUAUAAAGGUACUCUUUUAUUCCUUUUCCCUGUGGGAAUAUGUUAUAUCCGUGCCAAUACAAAGGUGGUAUAUAGCUCUUUUCAAACUGAGAAUUGCAAAUAUUUAAUUGAUUUGGAAGAAAAAAUACAUUCCCAGGCAAAAUACUUCCUGACAGUGCAGAAAAUGUAUAAACAAGGCCUUAGUUUAAGGCUGGUCUUACGGCCACAUUUUUUGCUGUAUAUAAUGAUUGUAUUUUUUAAAAUCCAAGCUUGUUCUAUUGCAAGAAAGUGUGUCUUUGAAAUCCUAGUCUCUGUGAUUGUAACUGUGCAGUAUUCUCAACCUCAUUUUCAAUACAAGUGUGGUUCUUCUCAACAUGAUGCUCAGGCUUUGUUGAUGUUUAUGGUUCUGGAGAUGUUGAAUUAUGUGGCUGUGGGAUUCCUGAUGGUUCUGCUUCUCUCAAAAGAAUGUACAGCAAGUUUUUGGGGUAUUUUAAAUAAAGGGCAGCUGGCUCUUUAUAACUUC